AUGAUCGGUGUCAACUACGGUCGAAUAGCCAACAAUCUCCCAUCACCAACAAACGUGGUCACCCUCCUUAAAUCACAAGGAAUCAACCGUAUCAAAAUCUACGACACAGACAAGACUGUCCUAACCUCCCUCGCAAACUCCGGAAUCAAAGUAGUCGUGUCUCUCCCCAACGAGCUUCUCUCUUCAACCGCUUCCGACCAAUCUUUCUCCAACAAAUGGGUCCGACACAACAUCAGAAAACACUUCCCAAAAACAAAGAUAGAAGCUAUCGCAGUCGGUAACGAGGUCUUCGUCGAUCCUCACAACACGACGUCGUAUCUCGUCCCCGCGAUGAAGAACAUUCACACCUCUCUGGUUAAGUAUAAGCUCCACAAGUCUAUCAAAAUCUCAUCUCCGUUCGCUCUCAGCGCGUUGGCUAACUCGUACCCGCCUUCUUCCGGUUCAUUUAAACAAGAAUUAAUCGAACCGGUUAUUAAACCGAUUCUUGAUUUGUUACGUCAAACGUCGUCGUAUCUAAUGGUAAACGCGUACCCGUUCUUCGCCUACUCAGCGAACGUUGAUAAAAUCUCAUUAGACUACGCUCUCUUCAGAGAUAACGUUGGCACUGUUGACUCCGUUAACGGUUUGAGAUAUAACAGUCUCUUUGACGCUCAACUUGACGCCGUUUAUUCCGCCAUGUCCGCCGUCGGAUUUAACGACGUUAAAGUGAUGGUGACGGAGACAGGCUGGCCUUCCGCCGGAGACGAGAACGAGAUCGGCGCGAGCGAAUCAAACGCGGCGGCGUAUAAUAACGGACUCGUGAAGAGAGUGUUUAACGGUAACGGAACGCCGUUAAGACCGAAUGAGCCGUUAAACGUGUUUUUAUUCUCUUUGUUUAACGAGAACCAAAAACCGGGGCCCACUUCCGAGAGAAACUACGGGCUGUUUUACCCAAACGAGGGGAAAGUGUACGACGUUCCGUUCGUCGCAGCGACGUCAACGCCGGUUAACGGUAACGGAGACCAGGUUUUGGGACAGACGUGGUGCGUGUCGAACGGAGACGCGGCGAGGGAGAAGCUCCAAGCGGCUCUUGAUUACGCCUGCGGAGAAGGAGGAGCUGACUGCCGUCCGAUUCAGCCGGGUGCCACGUGUUAUCAUCCUAAGUCGUUAGAGGCGCACGCUUCGUUCGCGUUCAACAGUUAUUACCAGAGAAACGCGCGUCGUGUUGGCACGUGUUACUUUGGUGGGACUGCUCACGUGGUCACGCAACAUCCUCGAUACGGGAAAUGCGAGUUUCCUACGGAAUAUUGAGGCGAAUUUAGUUAGGG